AGCCUGAUCGAGAUGACAAUCUCCCAAAAGCACCGAGACCUCGUGGCAGAGCCCAUGGGGGAAAAGCCAGCGGGGAGCCUGGCCGGGACUGGUGAAGUCCUGGGCGAGAAGCUGGAGGAAAGGGGCUUUGACAAGGCCUGUGCUGUCCCUGGCCAGCUUUUGGUGCUAAAGAAAGAUGAAGACCUCUUCCGGGAAUGGCUCAAGGACACUUGUGGCGCCAGCGCCAAGCAGUCCCGGGACGGCCUUGGAGGCCUUCGAGAGCGGCGCGACGCCUUCUGGCGAUGCUCUCCGGGAAGCUGUCAAUCCCCAGCCCUCAUCCGGAGUUUGCAGCCCAGUAGGGACGCCUCCCCUGUCCGCUACAAAGGAAAAGAUUGCUAUUGUCGUACUCACCUCCGACUCCCCUAA